GCUUUCUCUGAAAAUGGGUUCCAUUGUGAUGGAACCAAACGACAUUGCUACCUACAUCAAUGGUGGAAUUGGGCAUAGGCCCACCAAGAACUUCACUACAAUUUCUUGGAAUUUGCUCUGGAACUAUCAUCUUGUUUUCUCAGCUUCUUAAGCCCCUUGGCCAACCCCUGAUUGUCUCACAAAUUUUGGGUGGUUUGGUUCUAGGUUCUACUGGUUUAAGCAACGUGGAGAUAUUUAAGGAGACGAUUUUCCCUCUUAGAGGAUUUGUUUCGCUUGAUGUGGUUUCUGCGCUUGGCCAUAUUUUUUACUACUUUUUGAUUGGUGUCCAAACGGAUAUCUCCAUUGUCAAGAACAUUGACAUGAAAACAUUUGGCAUUGGGUCUUGUGCAACAAUUUUGGCUACACUUCUUGUCAUCAUUUACUCUAUGUCAUUGGCUAGUAUUAUUGACAUGACAAAAUUCAAAUACAUUUUUGAGCUUGGUAAAUUAGAGUCAUUUAUUAACUUUCCCAUGGUUGCUUCCCUUGUUUACGAGCUUCAUUUGGUCAAUUCUGAGUUUGGGAGAAUUUCUUUGACGUCAUCCAUGGCUUCUUCUCUUCUCAGCGUAUCUCUUACAUUAUUAGGAAGUAUAUUGUCUCCAAAUGGUACAACCAGACAACAGAUCUUAUCAGAAACUUUUGCUAUUAUGGUGCUUAUACUUGUCAUCGUUUUUUCUAUUAGACCCGCCACUCUAUGGAUGGUAAAGAUGAAUCCGAUAGGACAACCAUUGAAGGAGUGUUUUGUGAUUACAUUGCUUUUGGGGGUGUUGGUGGUUGCCUUCUGCUGCCAGGCCUUAGGUUUGCGUAUCUAUUUUGCUUCUUUUUUUAUUGGAUUUAUAAUACCUUCAGGACCUCCCAUUGGUUCAACAUUGGUAGACAGACUUGAUUUCAUCACCACUUGGAUUUUCAUGCCCGUCUUCUUCGCUAGAAUAGGCCUUUCAGUCGAUAUCUACAAUACGAAACUCAUAAAUUUCAUAUGCAUGUCAUUCAUUGUCAUUGUUAGCGCAUUGGGGAAGUUUUUGGGUGCCCUUAUGAUCUCAAUGUAUUAUAAACUACCUAUGAGAGAUGCCAUAUCGCUCGGCCUCAUCUUGAAUAGUCAGGGAGCUCUCGAGCUUAUGACAUUUAGAAUGAAGAAGAGGGACAAGGUGAUCGAUGACGAUGCAUUUGUGGUUGGAUGCUUAUACAUAACGGUUAUGGUUGCGAUUAUCACUCCAGCGAUAAGAUAUCUCCUCCACCCUUCAAGAAGGUAUAUAGUUAAGAAGAGAAGAACAGUGAUGCACACAAGACCAGAACAUGAUCUUUGUGUAUUAGUGUGCAUUCACGACCAAGAAGAUGUUCCAAGUGCCAUUAACCUACUUGACGCAUUGAAUAAUCCAAUGAAACAAAGCCAACUUGUUGUGUACAUGCUUCAUCUUGUGGAGCUUCUUGGUCAUGCUCAACCAAAACUCAUACAUCAUAGGUUCACAAAGGUUAAGACAUCAAGGUCAUACUCUUCUGAGCCAAUUGUUAAUGCCUUCAAAUACUUUGGAGAUAGCAACAAUGAAAUUGUUGUAAUUAAUCCUUUCACUGCGAUAUCACCUUUUACAACUAUGCAUGAUGAUGUUUGUUCUCUUGCAUUGGACAAAAAGAGUUUCUUAAUUUUUGUUCCUUUCCACAAGAGAUUUCAUUCCAAUGGCGUGAUGUCUUCAUCAAAAUAUAAAUUAAAAAUGGUCAAUGAUAAUAUCCUCGAGAAUGCACCAUGCUCCGUGGCUCUUGUUGUUGAACGUGGAUUUUUAAAGCUUUCAAAGUCUAUUGAAACAUGUUUGUACUCUUUUCAAAUAGCAGUAGUGUUCAUAGGUGGAGCAGAUGAUCGCGAGGCAAUGUUCAUUGGGGCAAGAAUGGCUGGGCAUGCCAAUAUAAACUUGACAAUGAUUCGAGUAUUAGAGAGUGAGAAAGUUGGAAGCGAUGAGGCUGAAGAAAGUAGGGUGGACGAUGAAGCAGUGGAUGAGUUUCGAAGAAUGACAGUAGACAACUAUAGAGUUAGGUACAUAGAAGAAGUGGUGAAGGAUGGGAUUGGAACAAUUUGUAUACUACGUUCAAUGGGGAGUAAUUUUGAUCUGGUAAUGGUUGGAAGGCGACAUAGCCCAUGCUCAGCCUUGGUUCAAGGGCUGGUGCUCUGGAAUGAGCACACAGAACUUGGGGCAAUUGGAGAGGUAUUGGCCACUUCAGAUUUCAUGGGGAAUGCAAUGAUCCUUGUUAUACAACAACAUACAAGAGUGGCAAAUGAAAACCAUGACAAUGCUCAAGAAACUAUUCUUUAG